CUCGUUGUUUUGGCUCCGGUUUGAGGUUGGAAAUUCUGUAAAAAAGUGAGUAAUUUCCUUAACUUUGUUGGACUUUUCCGUGCGUGAUAAGAACAAGUUCAUGUUCUCGUGUUGCUCCCGUUCCAGACCAUGGAAAAAUCGGAAAAUAUAGUUUAACAUGCGCUGGGUUCCGUCGUCGUCGUCGUCGUCGCUGCGCCUGGUUUUGUUGUGAUAAAAGACGGGCCUUUUUUCCGGGUGUUCCGCGAACCUUUCCCGUUUCCGCGUGUGUGUUCCGGAGAACCGUAUCGUGUGCCUGGUGGCCCCGCAAGCGGCCAGUAACCUGGUGGUCAGGAUGUGCUAGGAGCGCGGCAAAACAACGCAAACAAAUCCCGGAGUGGCACGCGGUAACCUGCUCCUCUCUUUUCCAUGCGGUAGUGUUGCUGGCGGUCGGUCCGGCGUGAAUCCGCGUGAUCCACCGAUGUGCUCCUUCCGGUGCGGCCACUCGCUGACAUCGAAUCGUUUCUGCACGUUGAUCGUGUGCGCGGCUGCCACACCGAAAAGCAUGUCUCAUCGCUAAGCGCGAAGGCCUAUCGCGGAAAGUAGAAGACGGGCGGUGAUGGCUGUGAUAAUGAAUUUAAAAUUGUAAAGCAAAGAAUCGAAACUCAUAAAAAUCCAUCGAAAUAUCACGAAACGACGACAGUCGGUACACGGCGGCACAGUCAUCUUCAGCGGCAGCGGUUUCGGAACUACAGGAGCAGCAGCAGCAGCAGCAUCAUCAUUCCCCCCGAAAUUUCCUUUUCUCCCCACCACACAGACACCCAAAUGUCACAGGCGGUGGAGAGUGCCGGCGCCAAGAUUGCAAAUUGCUCGAAACCCUUCGAGUGUACGGAAUGCCACAAACUGUUCCGGCAGCUCAGCACCCUGACCAACCACAUGAAGAUACACACCGGCGAGAAGCCGUACAAGUGUUUGAUUUGUGCGAAAGAGUUCCGCCAAACGACCACGCUGUCCAACCACCUGAAAAUACAUACCGGUGAAAAACCGUUCAACUGUACCUUCUGUGGCAAGCAGUUCCGCCAGCUGAGCACCCUGUCGAACCACCAGAAGAUACAUACGGGCGAAAAACCGUUCGAGUGUACGGUAUGCGGCAAACAGUUCCGCCAGUCCAGCACACUCAACAGCCAUAUCAGGAUACAUUCGGAUGAUAAGUUCUGCAUAAAACCCUUCAAAUGCAGCAUCUGUCCGAAGGAAUUUCGCCAGACGACUACCCUUUCAAAUCACAUUAAAAUUCACACAGGUGAAAAGCCGUACGCCUGCACGUACUGCAACAAAACGUUCCGCCAGACGGGAACGCUUUCCAAUCAUCUUAAGAUCCACACCGGCGAAAAGCCGUUCGAAUGUUCGGUAUGCGGCAAACAGUUUCGUCAAUCCAGUACCUUGAACAGCCACAUACGUAUUCACGCGGAUGAUAAGUAUUGUAAAACAUCGUCACCAUCAACCCUUGGCACAACGGCGGCCGCCGGUGAGCUGAGCAUUAAGCUCGAGGACAUCAAACCCCUUUACACGCUGAUCUAAGCGGGUUGGCCGCCCGAGGACGCAAACGAAGAAGAUGGAAGCGCAGGACGAUGUACAGAGGGCGGGACGAGCGAUACGCGAUGGACAAAUACAAUCAACGUCGUCGCGCGUCGUCGUCGUCAGCACACAAAGCACAAAGCAUCGUUUCGUCCGAUAAUUCGCGUUAUUGACUUCACGUUGUUGUUAAUUUUAUUCUCGCCGUCGCAUGGCCACCGAGCGUCGCAAUCGUCGGUACGAUCGCGACGGCGAAACGCAGGAUACACAGGAGCUUACCGCGCUAAUAAAUUGUUGCAAUUUAAGUUAUAAUAACUUUAUCGCUACCAAAAAAAAACUACCAGCCGCAACAGAAGCAGAAGGAGCAGCAGCAUCAGUAGCAUGGUUGAUUCAUUGUUGGGAUUGAGUGGUACGGUGCGACCCCCACCAAGGGUCUGCUGGUACCGAAGAAAGUCAAUUUCAAUCGAGAUGAGCACGAUCAUCGAUCGCUGCAUGCCUGCACGGUGUGCUCGAGCAGCAACGGCGUUGAUAGUGGCGUUCCAAUCGCCACGGAAGGGGCGUUCAGAUUCGAUUUAUUUGUUUUAAUGGUAGAAAAAAGCAAUUUCAUAAUUUAUUACCGUUAAUAUCCCGUUUUUGGGGAGCGAUAGUACGUUAUAUCGCUGUCUAUGCGCUCCUGCCCAUAACGAAAGAACGUACGCUUGAUUAAUGUUAUUUAUUUGCUGAUUAACAAAUCGACGACGAUCCCGGAAGGGUACUCAGGAUGCAGUGCGCACACCGUAUGUAGUAUGAUCGUGCCCGGUUUUAUGCUUUCGGUAUAGUUAGGCCGGCCGGAAUAGUCGGAGCGUAGCGUUUCAUGUUACCUACACAGUACCACCACCCCGUGCGUGGAGAUCUCGGUUGAAUGUGUGUUGCUGUCGCCGCUUUCAUCAUGAUCGUGAUGAUGUGUGAUGAUGUCCUGUUGUAAAGGAGAAGUGGAAAAGCGGUGGUGCGCCCCGGGGAAAGGUAGCCACUUCUACUUGUAGCGGAAAGGGAGUUCUUUGUACAGAAAGGUAUUUAUAAAUACGAGCUUUGCUCUCCUCCCCCUCCCUUUUCCCCUUUAGUGGUCCUAGUAGAGAUGUAAGCGAUAGGGCGCGACAGGAUACGAGAUGAAGAUGGUAUAACCACCUGAAUGACUGAUAGCGAAUGCAAAUCCUUUAAAGAGAAUAAUUGGCUCUACCCUAAUGUAACUAAACUAUCGCAAAAUUUAAACAGAUCGAAAUCCGAGUCGAAACCGACGGAGCUGGUGGUGGCCAAAGCAAAGCCAAGUAGUCGGAGCAGCGGGCGGGUGGGAGAGAUGCACAUCUUUACGCGUUACAGGGCCAUACCGUGAGCCAGGGCAAAUUGUGUUAGUAUAAUAUGAAAUUGAAUUAAUUUAGUGAAAGAAGAACCACACGGUAAGCGAAGGGAGGGCUGAUGCGGCGUAUCAGCGUUGGGCAAACUUAUGUGAUGCACGGAAUCAUUAUGUAAUAAAAAAAAACCCGUAACAGAAGAUACAAUCUGUUCGAAACAGAA